CAGAGUGGACCUCCAGAGACACUGAGGAUGGAAAUGAAAAUGUUUCUUCUGUUGCCGCUGCUAGUCUGCUCUGUCUCUACAGCUGAGCUGCAAGUUCAGUCUGACAAAAACAAUGGCAAUGACAGUGUGUCACCUCUAAAGGAAAGUGUAAAGGAAAGUGUAAAGGAAAGUGUAAAGGAAAGUGUAAAGGAAAGUGUAAAGGAAAGUGAGGGACCAGUGGGAGAAUCAAAGCAUGAGCAUCAGACCUGCACACAGGACAUCAAUGUUGUUCUGAGAAGGAUGAGCGCCUGGGUGGCAGCACUGAAGGUGGAGGUGCAGCACCUACAGAGAGACAAUGAAGUGAAGUCGACGGAGCUGCAAUCCCUGAACCAACGGUACCAAGAACAAGAAACUCGGCUUAAAGCUCAGGCAGAUGAUCUGGCUGCUGUUAAAGACAAGACUGAAAAGUAUGUGGAGGCUCUGAAGAGAGAAGGAGAAGCUCAGGCAGCAGAACUGGCUACUGUUAAAGUCAAGGCCAACAUCACUAGAUACCAAGUGGAGGCUCUGAAGAGAGAAGCAGAAGCCAAACAUCUGGCUUUCUCUGUCUCUUUGGUGUUAUCGGGUGGCAAAGAAACUGGACCGUUCAGCAUCGAUAUAACUCUGGUCUUCAAAUAUGUUAUCACUAAUAUCGGAAAUGCCUACAACUCAGAAACAGGGCUGUUCACUGCACCAGUAAGAGGAGUCUAUCACUUUGAGGUCCACCUAUAUGGACAUGGUUCUACCAGUCCUGUAGCUGCUGGGUUGAUCAAGAACGGAAAGCAAAUCUGUACAUCCUGGUCGCAUCAGUCUAAUGGUAGUCAGAAAUCUUCUAAUGGCGCCUCAGUGCUGUUAGAAAUAGGAGAUGUUGUAUUUGUGCGUAUGUGGGCCAAGUCAUGGGUUUAUGACAAUUACAUGCGUCACACUACCUUUAGUGGCCAUCUGCUUUUCACCAUGUAGGCAGUUAACAUGAUUUCUUUCUUCUGAUAAAUUGACAGGAUCACAGUAAAACAUCCAUCUAUUUUUUAACACCCUUGUCCCUAUUGUGGGGUCAGGAGGGUUGCUGGUGCCUAUCUCCAGCGAAGGUUUCGGGCGAGAGGCUG